AUGCGCGCAGCUCUCCUCACUGCCGCCCUCCUGGGCCUCGCGGCCGCGGCCCCUCGCCCUCAAGGCAUCGACUUCGGCUCCUUUGAUGCUGCCGAGGAACCAGAAGUUCAAGGCCCGCCAGCCGGAGCAACCACCGAUGUGAUUCCCAUUGAUAAGGAGGAGCUUGUCGAGGAGCUCACUACCCUCCGGGUGAAGCGUGAAGUUGCAGACGUUUGCAAGCUCUUCACCGAGCCGGCAGGAAGUGGCCCUAAACCCGACACCGACACUCCUCUGGCUUUCCUUGCGUGGAAAGAGUUCAGCGAUGCCGCGAUGCAGGCCGCCACUGAUCAUCCAGGGCCACUCUACAAGUCGACUUUCGCCAACAGGGACGGUAGCACCCAUCAGAACGGUUAUCUGGGACUCCAUACCAUAUCAGCGUACGACCCCAAGAUAUGCGAGGCGAAAUGUAACGAGAAGGAGGGCUGCGUAUCGUUCAACCUUUUCUUCGAGCGUAAUCCGAUGUACAAGCCCACGCCGGAAUGCCCGAACCCGCCUUCACACACAAACAUCAAGUGCACGCUCUGGGGCUUCCCCAUUGCCGGUGGCAGUGCCGUCAAUAGGGGUGAAACCCGUCAAGAGUUCAAAGUUGUGAUCGCAGGAAGCAACGGUUGGACCAAGCAAGCCUCAGCCAACCCCAUCAACAAGUUCACCGGCCCCGUCGCUCUCCCCGGCGCUAUCAACGAGCCCUCAGGCGCCAAGUCCUACAUCCGGACCCAGACGUUCAAGACCUCCGGCUACUUCAUGCCCGAGCUGUGCGCUUCCGGCUGCGAAACCAUGACCGCGUACAACAGCCGCCACCGCAAGCCCGACGGCACCUACGUACCCUGCAACUUCUUCAACGCCUACGUCCUCACCACCAACGGUGUUGGCGAGGCCACCGUCUGCGCGUACUACACCAAGGAGUGGAGCAGCGAGUAUGCUGUUAACAAGGGCCAGUGGAGGGGUGCGGACUUCUAUGGCGUUACCAACUCGUUCAGCUAUGCGCUGACGACUCCCGAUCUCGGCGGCAAGGCCGCUACUGUGCCGCCGGCGCUGUAG